CCAGUCUGUCACUGUUGCUGUUUUCUGCAACUAAGAAGGGAACUCCCUUGGAUCCCGCCCAGAACCUGGAAUUCCGAAGCAACGGGCCAGAUACCUUUGUACCCAGCUCCCCAGUGGCUCAGGUCCCACCUUUCCCUCCUUUCCCCGCCCUCGUGCCUGGGUGGAGCCAGCUGCCAAGGCGCCAAAGCUUCUCAGCCCUCCCUCUGUGCUCAGUCCAGAGUGAAGACCAAAAGAGGGCUGUGUGCCGGGCCCCGAUGAGGACGCUGCUGGUCAUCCUGGCGGCAGGAUCCCUGGUCGCUUACAUCGCUGAGGACACCUCAGAUCUUCUUCAGCACGUGAAAUUCCAGUCCAGCAACUUCGAAAACAUUGUGACGUGGGACAGCAGCCCGGAGAGUGCCCCAGACACCGUCUACAGUGUGCAGUAUAAGACUUAUGGAGAGACAGAGUGGCAGGCAAAGGAGGGCUGCCAGCGGAUCACCCGGAAAUCCUGCAACCUUACCAAGGAGACAGGCAACCUUACGGAUCUCUACUACGCCCGGGUCACCGCCAUCGACGCGGGAGGCCGGUCCGCCACCAAGAUGACCGACCGGUUCAGCUCACUGCAGCACACUAUCAUCAAACCACCUGAAGUGACCUGUAUCCCCAAGGCGAGGUCCAUCCAGAUGAUUGUCCAUCCCACCUACACGCCCAUCCACACAGGGAAUGGCCACCGGCUAACCCUGGAGGACAUCUUCCAGGACCUGUUCUAUCACUUAAAGCUGCACAUCAACCAUACCUACCAAAUGCACCUUGGAGGGAAGCAGAGAGAAUUUGAGUUCUUUGGCCUGACCCCUGACACGGAGUUCCUUGGGACCAUCGUGAGUUUUGUUCCAACCUGGUCCAAGAAGAGCGCCCCCUACACAUGCCGAGCGAAGACGCUGCCAGAUCAGACGUGGACCUACUCCUUUUCUGGUGCCUUCCUGUUCUCCAUGGGCUUCCUGGUCGCAGGGCUCUGCUACCUGAGCUACAGAUACAUCACCAAGCCGCCUCUGCCUCCCAACUCCCUGAAUGUCCAGCACGUACUGACCUUCCAGCCUCUGCAGCUCAUCCAGGAGCGCAUCUUAAUUCCCGUCUUUGACCUCAGUGGCCCGAGCGGCCUGGUGCAGCCUGUCCAGUACUCCCAAGUCAAGGUCUCCGGGCCCAUCGAGCCUCCAGGAGCCCCAGCACGACACAGCCUGUCUGAGGUCACCUACCUUGGGCAGCCGGACCUCUCCAUCCUCCGGCCCUCUGGCGGGCCACCUCUCCAGACACUCCCGUCACUGUCCUAUGCCCCUCAGGCUGCCCCUGAGGGCGGGCCCCCGUCCUAUGCACCUCAGGUAACCCCCAAAGCUGAACCCCCCUCCUACACUCCCCAGACCAUCUCGGAGGCCCAGCCUCCUUCCUACACCCCUCAGGCCACUGCGGACAGCUGGCCUCCUUCCUACGUGAUAUGCGGGGAAGGCCCUGGCAGAGACCCCCCACCUGUGACACUCUCUGGUCCCAAACACCUCGGAACUAAAGGUCAGCUCCAGAAAGAGGCACCAGCUGGAAGCUGCAGCCCAGGUGGCCUUUCUCUGCAGCAGGUGACCUCCUUGGCUAUGGAGGACCCCCAAGAAGUAAAAUCCUUCCACCAGCAUCUGGGGAUUCACACGGACAGAGAACCUGACUCUGAUGUCAUACGCAGAGGGGAGCCAAGGACACAAAGCUACAUAAAGGGCCAGCUGCCCCUCCUCUCCUCUGUCCAGAUCGAGGGUCACCCCGUGUCCCUCCCUUUGCAGACUCCUUCCCACCCAUGUUCCCCCACAGACGAGGGUCCGAGUCCCUGGGGCUUGCUGGAGUCCCUCGUGUGUCCCAGUGAUGAGGGUCCAGCAUCCGAGACUGAGGCCAAGAGCCCAGGCCCUCGGGCCCCAGACCUGGAGUCGCCCAUGGAGCUGGACUCUCUGUUCAGAGGCCUGGCCCUGACGGUGCAGUGGGAGUCCUGAGCGGGAACAGGGUGGGCCUGGGGCUUCCUCCUGUCCCCACCCUUACCUCGCACCUUGGCCGUCACUCCCGCACCCAGCGGCGCUGCGCACUCUGCAGCCCAGCCCCGGGUGGAUGCCCUUGAGGAACCAGCAGAAGGAGGAUGCCGGACCCCUGCGGUGGCUGAGCUCCCUUUGGAGUGAAAAGGCAUGAGAAGGGCUCCAGCCAGAGGAGUUACAGAAGUGCAUCAUAUACAAGCGAGUGAGUGCAAAUGAGCAUGUGCACGCCAAGUUCUGCAGGGCAGGACGGACAGUCAGAGUGCAGGAGUUAAUAUGGGGAACCUCCCGGAGAUCCAGGGUCCCGGCUCCUAACACGCUGGACGCAAAGUCCUCCACGAGCCCGCCUCUCUUCAUUCCUGGCCACUUGCAUAAUCUAGUUCAGCAGACUGAGGCCUCUGCCUCCUCUGUGGUUCCCCAAAGGUGAGAAAAGGAGCCUGAAAAAGGACACCUCAUAGCAGACUGAGCAGAACCAGAACAACCUGCACUUCUGCCAAGUCCAGAGGCAGCCUGAUGACAAGACUCCAGGGAGGGGUGCAGCCUGCGGCUCAUCCCCAACCAGGGCUGCUGCCUUCAAUUGCACCAUUUCAGCUUCAUUCCUCUGCUCGAGGCUUUAUCCCAAGUGAAAUGCAGGUCCACCAGGGAGGGAGAACAUAGAAGCCUUUUCUGUCGGCAGGAGUUUCAGACCCUAUCCUGGCAGCAGGGUUUGAAAGGAACAUGGGGCCACGGGGCAACUGAAGGAGACACAACUACAAACUGGACCUAGUUCACAACUUUAGAAACUCAGCCUUGGAUUCAGCCCACCUGGGUUCAGAUUGC